AAGAACCCCUGCACAUGCCCCAACAUCUACGGUGUAAACUGGGGAAGGGCAGCAUUGCUAUGGAGAACACUAAAGCAGGGAAGGAAGUGAGUGUGUCGGGGGGAGAGGGGGAGUUGGGAUGCAAUUUUUGAUGGAGCAGAGAAGGUCUCAUUGAAAAGGCACCAAUAAGCAAAAACCUGAGAGGAGAAAGGGAACCAGGUAUCUGGGGGCAGCACAUUCCAGCAGAAGGAAGAGCCGGUGUGAAGGUACUGGGGUGAGGAGGAGCAAGUGAGGUCAGCGUGGUUAGAGUGGAGUGAGAGGAGGUGAGAUUGGAGAGAUAAUGGGAAAGUUCAUAUAGGGUCUUGUGGGUUGUUGUUGGGAACAUUGACUUUUACCUGGAGUAAGGUCCAGUAAGCAGAUACCUCAAGGAGGACGCUGAUGUAAAAGGUGUUCCUAGGUACCUAUAGCUGCAUAUAGGGUGGGCGUGGUGAGGAGGGAGCAGGGAGAACAGAGGAGGCUGCUGCCAUAGUCCAGGUGGUAGAGGAUGAAGGAAAGACCAGGAUGAGGGCCUGGGGUUAGGGGGUGAGGGAUGAAAUUCUGGAAAUAUUUUUGGUGGAGCUACUGGGCCUGCCCAUUAGAAGGAUGAGGGGUGGAAGGCAAAGUCAGCUGUUCUUGUUCAGUUUGGGAAGAUUGUGGGCAGUCCAGGCUACAGACAGCCAGAUAUGAUAGCUAAGCCAUGAUGAUGGAAACAAGAAAGCCUGGGCCCUGGGCUAGCUCCUGGAGGGCCUUCUAGGGGAGGGGUCCACUGGCAGAUCGAUCUAUCCCCUAGACACCGCCAAAGCCAUGUAGCAUGGAGAUUAAAAGCCCAGACUCUACAGCUAGGCCCCUUGGAUUCAAGUCUUAACUCCAUCACCUACUUGCUGUGUGCCCUUGGGCAAGUGGCUUAACUUCUCUGGGCCUGGUAAGUGCUGUGUGGGCACUAUGCGAUGAUAAUGACGAUGAAGCUGAUUAGAGGAAUCUCUACAGAAUCAUCUGAGACAUCCCUUGUAUAGGGCGAGCACGGAGAGGGGAUCAGGUCUGAUAUGUGAGGGAGAUAAAAUACCCAUCACCAUCACACACUUAGACCUCUACCCUAACUGGCCUGGUUCGGGGGCCCGCGGGAAGGCGCUAUCACAGCGGGAUGGGCAAAACGAACUGUACCCAUUUUCCCAUCCCUCUCUUUGCGCUCUGGCCCCUGCUUCAUCUUUCUCCUGUCUCCAUGUCUCACAUCCUUCUUCGUGGCCAUUGCUUCUUCCUCUCCCCAUCCUAGGUGUCUAUCCCCUUUGCAUCGCUGCCUCCAGCCCUUUCAUCAAUGCGACCAGCCUGGCGGUAUCUCCGCCCCCGCGCCUGGUUGGGGGUGACACAGCGCAUGCGCCUUCAGCGCCCCUCCCUCUCCACCCCCACCCCUCUUCGGCGUCUGGGCCUCGUCCCCUUCUCUCUGUCUCCUUCUCCCCCAUCACUUCUCCCGGCACUGACACCCCAUUACUCCAAUUCCCCGGGUCUCAGCUUUGGUCUUCAGCCCCAUCCACCCGAGGAUUUGCCUGACGGCUGCCCCCAACUCUGCUCCUGCCCCCCUGAGGGCCACCAAGGACCAUGACUAAGACAGAUCCCGCCCCGAUGGCCCCGCCGCUCAGGGCGGAGGAAGAAGAGGAGGAGGAGGAUGAGCCUGUCCCGGAGCCCCCCAGCCCCACCCAGGAGCGCCGGCAGAAGCCUGUUGUGCACCCCUCGGCACCUGCCCCCCUCCCCAAGGACUAUGCCUUCACCUUCUUCGACCCCAACGACCCUGCCUGCCAGGAGAUUCUGUUUGACCCGCAGACUACCAUCCCUGAGCUGUUCGCCAUUGUGCGCCAGUGGGUGCCCCAAGUCCAGCACAAAAUCGAUGUCAUUGGCAAUGAGAUUCUGCGCCGAGGCUGCCACGUGAAUGAUCGUGAUGGGCUGACUGACAUGACACUGCUCCAUUAUGCUUGCAAGGCUGGGGCUCACGGAGUCGGGGACCCCGCGGCGGCUGUGCGCCUCUCUCAGCAGCUGCUCGCGCUGGGCGCGGACGUGACCCUGCGCAGCCGCUGGACCAACAUGAACGCGCUUCACUACGCGGCCUAUUUCGAUGUGCCCGACCUCGUGCGCGUGCUGCUGAAGGGCGCGCGGCCCAGAGUGGUGAACUCCACGUGCAGUGACUUCAACCACGGCUCAGCCCUGCACAUCGCUGCCUCCAACCUGUGCCUGGGCGCGGCCAAAUGCUUGCUGGAGCACGGCGCCAACCCAGCUCUUCGGAACCGAAAGGGACAGGUGCCAGCGGAGGUGGUCCCAGACCCCAUGGACAUGUCCCUGGACAAGGCAGAGGCGGCACUGGUGGCCAAGGAGCUGCGGACACUGUUGGAGGAGGCUGUGCCACUCUCCUGUGCCCUCCCCAAGGUCACACUACCCAACUAUGACAACGUCCCAGGCAAUCUCAUGCUCAGUGCACUGGGCCUGCGCCUGGGAGACCGCGUGCUACUGGAUGGCCAGAAGACGGGCACACUGCGGUUCUGCGGGACCACCGAGUUCGCCAGUGGUCAGUGGGUGGGCGUGGAGCUGGAUGAACCUGAGGGCAAGAAUGAUGGCAGUGUUGGGGGUGUCCGGUACUUCAUCUGCCCUCCCAAGCAGGGUCUCUUUGCCUCUGUGUCCAAGAUCUCCAAGGCAGUGGACGCACCUCCCUCAUCUGUUACCUCCACACCUCGGACUCCCCGGAUGGACUUCUCCCGCGUCACUGGCAAAGGCCGCAGGGAACACAAAGGCAAGAAGAAGCCCCCGUCAUCCCCAUCUCUGGGCAGCCUGCAGCAGCGCGACGGAGCCAAGGCUGAGGUUGGAGACCAGGUCCUCGUUGCAGGCCAGAAGCAAGGGAUUGUGCGCUUCUAUGGGAAGACAGACUUUGCCCCAGGUUACUGGUACGGCAUUGAGCUAGACCAGCCCACCGGGAAGCACGAUGGCUCUGUCUUUGGCGUCCGGUACUUUACCUGCCCCCCAAAGCAUGGAGUCUUUGCUCCAGCAUCUCGAAUUCAGAGGCUCCCUGGCGCACAGCUCCUGGCCAGACCCUGCCUGACCUCUUGUGGCUCUGACUCCUCCCACCCCUCGUGUCUCCUUAGGAUUGGUGGAUCCACCGAUCCCCCUGGCGACAAUGUUGGAGCCAAAAAAGUACAUCAAGUGACAAUGUCGCAGCCCAAACGCACCUUCACAACAGUCCGGACUCCAAAGGACAUUGCGUCAGAGAACUCCAUCUCCAGGUUGCUCUUCUGCUGCUGGUUUCCCUGGAUGCUGAGGGCGGAGAUGCAGUCUUAGAGGCCCUGGACAUCCCACAAAGAGACACAGAGUCCCCUCUAGUGUCUCCUGACACAAGGAGCCCCCGAGUCACCCUGAGAUAGAGAUUCCCAGUAACACAUCCAGAAUAGAGACCCCCCCAGUAGCCAGCCCUCGAUCACUGAGGCCCCAUUAUUAACAGAUUCCCCCAUGAUAACUCCCCAAAUACAGACCUUGUGUUACCCAGAAAGAGAUUCCCUGAGUGUAGCACCUUCAGGCUAGUCCCUAUCCCCAACCUCUCAGAGCAGACCCCCCAGUAACAGAUUUCCACAUCAUUCCAAAUGACGGUGACUUUCUCUACAUAAUGCUCCACAACAGAACAUUUCUGAGUCACCUGUCACUGGAUCAGAACCCUUACCUAUUAACAAAGACCCACCCCAUCAAGUCCCCUUGAAAGAAACCCCUCCAGAACAACAGGGUAACAAACCCAUAUUUAAUUUCAGUCCCCUCAAGAUGCUGUGACCCCUGUGGUCACCCCAAACCCUUACACUACAAUCAGAGACCCCCCUCCACUGACAAAAACCCCUGCUCUUACCCCUCAAGAAGAGACCCACAUUAACCAGCCCACUGUCACCACCAAUUUACAGACACCAAAACAGUCCUGGAAGUGCUAAUUACAGGACCCCCAAGUCUUCCUAUCCUCUGUACCCUCAAGAAACCCCCAGUGCCUUGUAUGAAGCCCACCCCAUGUGGCCCACAGUACCUGUGCUGGCCAGGCUCCCAGAAAAUUCUCUAUUUUUAAAGCAAUUAUUUCCCCCUUUGGGGGACCCCAAAAUUUGGAGGUCCCAUUCUGGGACUCUAAGCAUCCUAAACCCCAGAUUACAUGUCCCAAACUUCCCUGUGCCCCCAAGUCCUACAUCCCCUAGGAGACCCCAAAGCCCUAACUCCCAGGACCCCCAAAUCAUGGAAUCCCCAAAUCCCCAGGGAACCCCAAAUUUAAAAAUCCAAUCCCAAGCCCCGAGGAAACCCCAAUCAUGGAGGUCCUUGUGCCUGGGAUGGAGGAGACUGCAGUCAGGAUAUGUAUCCUGGGCUCCCAGGGCACCUUAGGCCCCAUUCAUAGGCCCCAGGAGACCCCAAACAGGAAUUCUCAUCCCUGGAACACAGAGGACUUCAAUGCCCUGAGUCAGUAGAUCUCAAGACACCCAAAUUCCAAGAGCCCUAGCCCCAAGGGAACCCCAAAUCCUCAAACCUCCAUCUCUAAUAAAUGAAGGGCACCAAGGCCUUGAGGGGAUCCCAAAUCCUCCACUGCAGUCUACUUUCUGGUCACAGGUCCAAGACAUUAAAUCUUAAGUUACUGGCCCCGAAGGACCUCACAGCUCCCUGGCCAGACUAUGCUCGAGGGAGACCCUGAAGGCCCAGGCGGUCCACGGCAGACCUGGGGCCCUGAACACCAAGGACAGCUCACAACUGCCCCUUCACUGCAUGUCCCCCAAACUCAGCAUGACCCCCGACUCCCUUCAAUAAAGACGUUUCUAUGGCUCUCUG